AGCUGUCAGCUCCCUCCCUGACUACCCCACCCUGCCCCCGGUACCAUGGCGUCCAGCGAGGAGGACGGCACGGUAGAGGAGAAGGAAAACAACAACAAGAAGAGAACGAAAAGCACCCUCGCCACAGCAUGGCUCACUUUCUACAACAUCGCCAUGACGGCCGGGUGGCUGGUUCUGGCCAUUGCAAUGAUGCGCUUCUACGUCCAAAAAGGAACACACAAGGGUCUGUACAGAAGUAUAGCAAGGACACUCAAGUUUUUCCAGACCUUUGCAUUAGUUGAGGUGGGACAUUGUGCCAUUGGAAUUGUGAGGACUUCUGUUAUAGUGACCGGGGUACAAGUGUGUUCACGGAUUUUCAUGGUGUGGUUCAUCACCAACAGCAUCAGACAGAUCCAGAAUGAAGAAAGUGUAAUCCUAUUCCUGGUUGUGUGGACAGUGACAGAGGUUACCAGAUAUUCCUACUACACAUUCAAACUACUCAACCACCUGCCGUACUUCAUCAAAUGGGCCAGAUACAACUUCUUCAUUGUCUUGUACCCGCUGGGAGUCGCUGGAGAACUGCUGACCAUUUACGCUGCUCUACCGUUUGUACGCAGAUCUGGAAUGUACUCCAUGAGGCUCCCCAACAAGUAUAAUGUGUCGUUUGACUACUAUUACUGCCUCAUCGUCGUCAUGCUGUCCUAUAUCCCACUGUUUCCUCAGCUCUACUUCCACAUGCUGCGCCAGAGGAGGAAGGUGCUUCACGGGGAGGUCAUAGUGGAGAAGGACGACUAGACGAGCACCACCUCAUGCCUUCAUUUGAGCCAGCCUGCCUCCAUAACAACCCUCCACCUGACCCCCUCAUCUCCAUCUCAUCCUUAGCAUCCAUCCGCCAUUACAUUCUUCACUGCACAGGACGGGAAAGGGGCCGCACUGAUGAUAUGACGACUCGUCUAAUGGAAGUGACAACCCGGCGACUAUGAGGAAGAAAAGACAAAAAAAAAAAAAACAUGGGCGUUCAUCGUUUACAGGAUGAUUUCCGAGCCGAUCGAUCAUAUCGGAAACGCACGUUUGCGCAGCUGAAACACGAAGGGAUCAUGAAAAGCAUGAGCCACGAUACACCUCACUGCUCCCUGACGGAGAAAGAGGGAAACACAGAGAGGCUUCCAGGGAAAUGUGAAAUGAAACAUGGAUUGUAAAGCGUUGUCACCCCCUCCCUUCCUACACAAUUGGCAGUUUUGUUGUUUUUUCGCACCACAGAUUUUUACAAGCAUAGCGUGGCUGUACAAGAGAAGGCUUCUAGGAGAGAAUAUUCAUAGUUCUAUCAUACCUCAACAAUAAAUCUACAUUUAGACAAUAUGCUGCUUCUUUUGUGUAUGUCUGUUUUACCAGAUGUGUAAAUGAUGCAUUACCUAAGCAGGUAAUCGUAAAACAUGUUUCUUAAGGAUAAUUUAUUUGUUGUUUACGAUGUCACGUUCAUUUACAGGAGUGCAUCUUAAACCAAUUAGAGUCUUCGAAGGAAGUAGUAGCUUUUUCUCUCGGUGAGGCUACCGUUCAAAGUCUUCAGUCGCUGUUGUAUUUGUUUUUUAAAGACUCCGAAGUCUUUGUGGAUAGAGAGGUAGCUUAAUUCCCUCCUACCAAAGGUGCUAUUGUAAGAUUUUAAUCUUCUGUGCAGCUGAAGGAGUGACUGUAACUUGAGUUGACCCACGGCAAGAAAACAGGAUGUGAAAUGAUCACGGGGACGUUGAUAGUUGAUGAACUGCAUAGGCGAUGGUUAUCUACGGAAAUCAACCUACACUCUGGGUUAGUGAGAGAGAAAAAAAAACGAUAAAAAUCAACGUCAAACAAAAAAACACCACAGGGAAAUUAAUUUUUCAAGGAAAUCAAUAUAAAAAUUGUGAAAAUACCUUUUUGUGGAAAGUCAAUAAAGUCAGUUCUACAAUA